CCCCUGUCACUGACCAUGAAUGGGAUGGCCAACGUGAAUUCGGCCAGCCGACCCCACUAUGCCUCCUCUAUCCCCGUGCCUCGAGCUUCUUCCCAGACCAGAAUCCAUACCCCAGGGGCUUCUCCCCAGCUGCGGCCACGCCAAGCUGGCUCGGCCCCGAGCCCCCAGCGAGCAGCCUCGCCUCGACCUGGAAAAGCUGCGGUCCCUUCCAGAAACUCCUCUCCCAAGGCCUACAGGGGAAGAGGCACCGCCAGGUCUGCAGGGCCAGCAAGAGAACUGGCCGAGAGUGAUGAAAGCCUCCUCCCCAGCUCCCCCUGGCACAGCCCCAAGGUAACUCCCCGAACUGCAAUCUCUGGCCAGGCCAGGUCCAGACGAGCUGGGGAGGUACAGGUUACCCAGAGGAGGAAGAAGGCCCAGGAAGGAGUUCCAGUCCACUGUACCCGGGGCAGGAGCCCUUCCCGGACAAGCUCUCAGGGACAUGGAGAAACUCGAAUACCGGGGCCUCCAGAAGGUCCAAAGCCUCCGAACUACACAGGAAAAGAUCAAAGAGAUGUAAGCGACAGAAGUCCUGGGAUCCCUGCAUCUUCAGAACCCGAUGAAGGGCAAGAGUCCUCCUCCCCAGUCUGCAGCCCCAUGCAGAGCACGCGGCCCUCCGCCAGCCCGGGAGUCAUUAGCUUCUCCUCAGCCCAUCAGCAGAGUCAGCCGGUUACAGCCACGGUGGCUCCCUUCCAGUACAGGUUGAAGACAGACCAGGAGCCUGGCCACGUCCCCCAGAGCAGCUAUGCCCUUGAUGGCUACACCAGUCCCCCCAGCAGGACUGAGGGCAGCUUCUCGGGUGUGGACGCGCGGAUCGUCCAUGCGCUCCUCGCGGGCAGCAGGAUGCUGGGCAGCGGCGUCAAGAGCGCGCAGCCCGAGGUGGAGCUGAGCGGCGGCGGCGGCGGCGACGAGGGCGCGGACGAGCCGCGGGGAGCCAGCAGGAAGGCGGCCGCGGCGGCGGCGGCGGACGGCAGGGGAGGCAUGCUGCCCAAGCGCGCCAAGGCGGCGGGCGGCGGCGGCGGCAGCGGCAUGGCCAAGGCUAGCGCAGCCGAGCUGAAGGUCUUCAAGUCCGGCAGCGUGGACAGCCGUAUCCCCGGAGGGCUGCCGACCUCCAACCUGCGCAAACAGAAGUCGCUCACCAACCUCUCGUUCCUCACGGACUCGGAGAAGAAGCUGCAGCUGUACGAGCCCGAGUGGAGCGAUGAUAUGGCCAAGGCCCCCAAAGGUCUGAGCAAGAUGGGGCCCAAGGGCCGCGAGACUCCGCUCAUGUCCAAGACGCUGUCCAAGUCCGAGCACUCGCUCUUUCAGGCCAAGAGCGGUCCGGCGGGCGGUGCCAAGACCCCGCUGGCCCCGCUAGCUCCCAGCCUGGGCAAACCGAGCCGGAUCCCCCGCGGACCCUAUGCGGAGGUCAAGCCUCUCAGCAAGGCGCCGGAGGCGGCGGUGAGCGACGACGGCAAAUCGGAUGAUGAGUUGCUCUCCAGCAAGGCCAAGGCUCAAAAGAGCUCGGGACCCGUGCCCUCUGCCAAGGGCCAGGAGGAGCGUGCCUUCCUCAAGGUGGAUCCUGAGCUCGUGGUGACCGUGCUGGGCGACCUGGAGCAGCUGCUCUUCAGCCAGAUGCUGGACCCAGAGUCCCAGAGAAAGAGGACGGUGCAGAAUGUUCUGGAUCUCCGACAGAACCUGGAAGAAACCAUGUCCAGCCUCCGAGGCUCCCAGGUGACUCACAGCUCCCUGGAGAUGACCUGCUAUGACAGUGACGACGCCAACCCACGCAGCGUGUCCAGCCUCUCCAACCGCUCCUCCCCCCUCUCCUGGCGCUAUGGCCAGUCCAGCCCACGGCUCCAGGCUGGUGAUGCGCCCUCGGUGGGAGGGAGCUGCCGUUCGGAGGGGACACCGGCCUGGUACAUGCAUGGGGAGCGGGCACACUACUCCCACACCAUGCCCAUGAGGAGCCCCAGCAAACUCAGCCACAUCUCCCGCCUGGAGCUGGUGGAGUCCCUAGACUCGGAUGAGGUGGACCUUAAGUCUGGCUACAUGAGUGACAGUGACCUCAUGGGAAAGACCAUGACAGAAGAUGAUGACAUCACAACAGGCUGGGAUGAAAGCAGCUCCAUCAGCAGCGGGCUCAGCGAUGCCUCGGACAACCUCAGCUCGGAAGAGUUCAAUGCCAGUUCCUCACUCAACUCCCUCCCAACCACUCCCACUGCUUCCCGAAGGAACUCUACAGUAGUGCUACGCACAGACUCAGAAAAGCGCUCGCUGGCAGAAAGUGGGCUGAACUGGUUUAGUGAAUCAGAGGAAAAGGUUCCUAAGAAACUGGAGUACGACAGUGGCAGCCUGAAGAUGGAACCUGGGACUUCGAAGUGGCGGAGAGAGCGUCCUGAAAGCUGUGACGACUCAUCCAAGGGUGGAGAACUGAAAAAGCCCAUCAGCCUGGGACACCCAGGGUCCCUGAAGAAAGGCAAGACCCCACCAGUGGCUGUCACUUCCCCCAUCACUCAUACAGCCCAGAGUGCCCUCAAAGUCGCAGGCAAGCCCGAAGGCAAAGCGACAGACAAGGGCAAGCUCGCCGUGAAGAACACUGGCUUGCAGCGCUCUUCCUCGGACGCUGGCCGGGACCGUCUGAGCGACGCUAAGAAGCCCCCCUCAGGUAUCGCCCGCCCGUCUACCUCGGGUUCCUUUGGCUACAAGAAGCCUCCUCCUGCCACAGGCACAGCCACCGUCAUGCAGACAGGUGGCUCGGCCACUCUUAGCAAGAUCCAGAAGUCCUCAGGCAUCCCUGUCAAGCCCGUCAAUGGACGCAAGACCAGCUUGGAUGUGUCCAACAGCGCAGAACCGGGAUUCCUGGCUCCCGGAGCCCGUUCCAACAUCCAGUACCGCAGCCUGCCCAGGCCGGCCAAGUCGAGCUCUAUGAGCGUGACCGGGGGGCGGAGCGGACCUCGCCCCGUUAGCAGCAGCAUCGACCCCAGUCUGCUCAGCACCAAGCAGGGAGGCCUUACGCCCUCUAGACUGAAGGAGCCUUCCAAGGUUGCCAGUGGCCGGAGCACUCCAGCUCCUGUCAAUCAGACAGACCGAGAAAAGGAAAAGGCCAAAGCCAAGGCUGUGGCCCUGGACUCGGAUAACAUUUCCUUGAAGAGCAUCGGCUCCCCGGAAAGCACGCCCAAGAACCAAGCAAACCACUCCCCAGUCACCAAGUUAGCCGAGCUGCCACCAACCCCUCUCAGGGCUACAGCUAAGAGCUUUGUCAAGCCUCCCUCACUAGCCAAUCUAGACAAGGUCAACUCCAACAGUCUGGAUCUACCAUCAUCCAGCGAUGCCCACGCUUCAAAGAUCCCAGAUCUGCAUACGACCAGCUCAGCAACUGGGGGCCCUCUCCCUUCUUGCUUCACCCCCAGUCCAGCACCCAUCCUCAAUAUUAACUCAGCUAGCUUCUCUCAGGGCCUGGAGUUAAUGAGUGGUUUCAGUGUUGCGAAGGAGACCCGCAUGUACCCCAAACUCUCAGGCCUGCACAGGAGCAUGGAGUCCCUCCAGAUGCCAAUGAGCCUGCCCAGUGCCUUCCCCAGCAGUUCCCCCGUCCCCACCCCACCUGCUGCCCCUGCUGCCCCCUCAGAGGAAGAGACAGAAGAGCUGCCCUGGAGUGGAAGCCCCAGGACUGGACAGUUGGACAGUAAUCAGAGGGAUCGAAACACCCUUCCCAAGAAAGGGCUCAGGUACCAGCUUCAGUCCCAGGAGGAGACCAAGGAGAGGCGGCAUUCCCACACCAUUGGUGGGCUGCCGGAAUCUGACGACCAAGCCGAGCUGCCGUCCCCUCCUCCACUCUCCAUGUCCUUGAGCACAAAGGGCCAGCUUACCAACAUAGUGAGUCCCACUGCGGCCACCACGCCAAGAAUCACUCGCUCCAACAGCAUCCCCACCCACGAGGCGGCCUGCGAGCUGUACAGCGGCUCCCAAAUGGGGAGCACCCUGUCCCUGGCCGAGAGACCCAAGGGAAUGAUUCGGUCAGGAUCCUUCCGAGACCCCACGGAUGAUGUUCACGGCUCGGUGCUGUCCCUGGCCUCCAGCGCCUCCUCCACCUACUCCUCAGCUGAGGAGAGGAUGCAGUCCGAGCAAAUUCGGAAGCUUCGUAGGGAACUGGAAUCAUCCCAAGAGAAAGUGGCCACCCUGACAUCUCAGCUGUCCGCAAAUGCUAACCUAGUGGCUGCUUUCGAGCAAAGCCUGGUGAAUAUGACAUCCCGCCUGCGGCACCUGGCCGAGACAGCUGAGGAGAAGGACACUGAGCUGCUGGAUUUGCGAGAAACGAUAGACUUUCUGAAGAAAAAGAACUCCGAGGCCCAGGCAGUCAUUCAGGGAGCCCUGAAUGCCUCGGAUGCUACACCCAAAGAACUCCGGAUCAAGAGACAAAACUCCUCAGACAGCAUCUCCAGCCUCAACAGCAUCACCAGCCACUCCAGCAUUGGCAGCAGCAAGGAUGCUGAUGCCAAGAAGAAGAAGAAGAAGAGUUGGGUCUAUGAGCUUCGAAGCUCCUUCAACAAAGCCUUCAGUAUAAAGAAGGGACCCAAGUCGGCCUCCUCAUACUCUGAUAUCGAGGAGAUUGCUACACCUGACUCCUCUGCCCCCUCGUCCCCCAAACUGCAGCAUGGCUCCACAGAGACAGCAUCACCCUCCAUCAAGUCCUCCAACUCAUCCUCCGUGGGCAUUGAGGUCACUGAGGGCCCUGCUCACUCAGCCCCCAACACUAGACUGUUCCAAGCCAAUGAGGAGGAGGAGCCAGAAAAAAAGGAGGUAUCUGAGUUGCGCUCUGAGCUGUGGGAGAAAGAGAUGAAGCUUACGGACAUCCGCUUAGAGGCCCUCAACUCCGCCCAUCAGCUAGACCAGCUUCGAGAGACCAUGCAUAAUAUGCAGUUGGAGGUGGACCUGCUGAAAGCAGAGAAUGACCGGCUGAAGGUUGCCCCCGGCCCCUCCUCAGGCUCCACUCCAGGGCAGGUCCCUGGAUCUUCGGCCCUGUCGUCCCCCCGCCGCUCCCUGGGCCUUGCACUCACCCACUCCUUCAGCCCCAGCCUCGCAGACACAGACCUAUCCCCCAUGGAUGGCAUCAGCACCUGUGGUCCAAAGGAAGAAGUGACCCUUCGGGUGGUGGUACGGAUGCCUCCCCAGCACAUCAUCAAAGGGGACUUGAAGCAGCAGGAAUUCUUCUUGGGAUGUAGCAAAGUCAGUGGCAAAGUGGACUGGAAGAUGCUGGAUGAAGCUGUUUUCCAAGUGUUCAAGGACUACAUUUCUAAAAUGGACCCAGCCUCUACCCUGGGACUAAGCACGGAAUCCAUCCAUGGCUAUAGCCUCAGCCAUGUGAAACGAGUGUUGGAUGCUGAGCCCCCAGAGAUGCCUCCUUGCCGCCGAGGGGUCAAUAAUAUAUCUGUCUCCCUCAAAGGUCUGAAGGAGAAGUGCGUCGACAGCCUGGUGUUUGAGACGCUCAUCCCUAAGCCCAUGAUGCAGCACUACAUAAGCCUCCUGCUGAAGCACCGGCGCCUGGUCCUCUCCGGCCCCAGCGGCACGGGCAAGACCUACCUGACCAAUCGGCUGGCUGAGUACCUGGUGGAGCGCUCUGGCCGGGAGGUCACUGAGGGCAUCGUCAGCACCUUCAACAUGCACCAGCAGUCUUGCAAGGAUCUGCAGCUGUAUCUCUCCAACCUGGCCAACCAGAUAGAUCGGGAAACAGGCAUUGGGGAUGUGCCCUUGGUGAUCCUGUUGGACGACCUGAGUGAAGCAGGCUCCAUUAGUGAGCUGGUCAAUGGGGCUCUCACCUGCAAGUAUCACAAAUGUCCCUAUAUCAUAGGUACUACCAAUCAGCCUGUGAAAAUGACACCCAACCAUGGCUUGCACUUGAGCUUCAGGAUGUUAACCUUCUCUAACAACGUGGAGCCCGCCAAUGGCUUCCUGGUCCGUUACCUGCGGAGGAAGUUGGUAGAGUCAGACAGUGACAUCAAUGCCAACAAGGAAGAGCUGCUUCGGGUGCUGGACUGGGUGCCCAAGCUGUGGUAUCACCUCCACACCUUCCUUGAGAAGCACAGCACCUCGGACUUCCUCAUAGGCCCUUGCUUCUUUCUGUCCUGUCCCAUUGGCAUUGAAGACUUCCGGACCUGGUUCAUUGACCUGUGGAACAACUCUAUCAUUCCUUAUCUACAGGAAGGAGCCAAGGAUGGGAUCAAGGUCCAUGGGCAGAAAGCUGCUUGGGAAGAUCCUGUGGAGUGGGUCCGCGAUACUCUUCCCUGGCCAUCAGCCCAACAAGAUCAAUCGAAGCUGUACCACCUGCCCCCGCCCACCGUGGGUCCUCACAGCAUUGCCUCGCCUCCGGAGGACAGGACAGUCAAAGACAGCACCCCAAGUUCUCUGGACUCAGACCCUCUGAUGGCCAUGCUGCUGAAACUUCAAGAAGCUGCCAACUAUAUUGAAUCUCCAGAUCGAGAGACCAUCCUGGACCCCAACCUCCAGGCAACGCUCUGAAGGCCCAGCGGUCAUUGUUACCCUGGACAGCAGAAGGCUGGCAUCGGCUUCAUUAGCUCCUCCUCUCCCCUCUUCUUUCAGAGUUCCAGUACUCCAGUCCCUGAGGACAGGAGGGCGGACGAGGGCAAGAAGAGGGGCAGGGUCUUGGUGCUGCCUUUGAGAACUUACUGCUUGGGUUGGUGGGGAGGAGUUAAUACAUUUACUGGCCUCCUCUCACAACUUUGGGGAAAGGAUGGUUCUGGACCUUUCCUUGGUCCUUGUCUCACUUACAAACUCUGGGCUUUCAUGGGGGGAGGGAUCGUUCAGAAGACAUCAAAAAACGAGCCCUCUGCAGCAGUUCCUAACCGAUUCUCAUGAACACCUCUGAGACAGUCACGUGUGGGGAAAUCUGAGGGAGGCAGGAAGCACGAAACUUUCUGGCAGACCCUUCUCAGUUCUAUCAGCACUGCCAACAGUCUUCCUCAGAGAUCUGGCCAGAGCCCAGAAAAGAAGCAUGUGGUUUAAAAAAAAAAAAUGUGUAAAUCAACCUGUAAACAGUAAGAAAUGAAAAAAAAAAAAAAAAAGCAAUGGAAAAGAUGAAGCUGGAGAAAGGGGACCCAGUUGCCAAGAUAGAAAGAGAGCUGCCGGUUCCUGCCUUCUGGAUGAUAUAGGAGACAUUGACAAGAUGCCUACCAAUCUAAGAGUCACCAAACCGUAAAAGUAACAGUAUGGCCAUCAGAGAAAGACUACUAGCUCUGUCUUUCUACCCUCUAAUUUAACAUGAAAGUCAAUAAACCCUUCUUUUUACUUUUACUUUUUAAAUUUUUAUUUCUAUUUUUUCUUUCAUUAGCCUAUUUAUUGCGGCCCCCCCCCCCAUUUUCUCACAAUUGCAUGGAUGUUUAUAUUGCUUCCCAGGGGGACCAUUUGGCUUUACAAGUUGGUUUUUCUUUGGAGAACCUAAUUCAUCUAAUUGGUACCAAUUAGACACCUGCCAUGCCACUAUCUCUGACAUCUUUGGGGCUUAUAUGAGACAAGAAACAUUGACUCAGAACAGGAAGAGAAAAAGAACUCGGCUCCACUGACUUUCCUUUUGAGAAAGCCCUUGUUCCACCCGGGAGCUCAAUUGCCAGCUUCUAGUAUGACCGAAGGUCUACUCUGAGUUUCAUGUUGGACUGGAAGAUAACCAAGACGUUGGAAACAUCAUCUGUCUUACGGCCUGUUUGGCCCCUCAUUGCACUAUUUGGACGGUAGCCUAGCCACUUUGCCUGACUGAAUCAAAAUUCUCUAGCUAGCCCUUACUAUUUGUUUUUGACAGGUGAAUAUUCACCCCUAAGAGACUGAGCAACCAUGUGAGAUACUCUAAAUCAGAUUAUAAGAUUCAAGGAGUUUGAUUUGGUGGCCAGUAUUUGCCUUCCAAAGAGAACCCACCUCUUGCAGAAAUUGCCCUUUUCCUAUUGCCCUGAAGGUCUGGCAACCCAUGUUCCUUCAUUUCACAAGUACUUAAUGAGUUCUUUUACUGUGUACCAGUCACUAGGUUAAAAACAAAAAACAAAAACAAAAAAGACAAGACUUGGGUCCUUAAGUUCAUAGUCGAAAAGGAAAUACUAACCUCUAUUAAGUGCCCCUUGUUAUCUGGACCUUAAAGAUCAUCUAAGAAAUAUAGCUGAAACCCAAGGAGUCAGCUACUAAAAGCCUUUUAUUUGAUAGAUUUUCAAUAUGUUGGGAACAAAAAAAAAAAAUCUGGGAUCAAUUAAGACAAAGACUGAAGACCUAUGGAAUCUUGCUUGUCCCGAGUGGGCAAGUCUACUUCCUGUUGUUUCUGGAAACCAGGCGGGACUAGAUUCCAGGCUGAGCUGCCUGGUGUGCGAUGUUCCAGCACUCUGCAGUUCAGGAAUGAGCCUGGGCCUAAGUGUUUGCUCUUCAGAUUCCUAAGUAGCAUAAGACUAUCAGAAUCUAUAGGCAUACUAACCUGGACCUCUGUUCCACCCAACCAAGGUGUUCCAUGCAUCUGAAUCUUCAUGUCAAUAUAUUUUUCACUUAGGUCCUCAAGAUGGUCUAGCUUGCCCAUCCCACCAGAUAAGUUGUAUUCACCUGGUAGCCCCCCAAGGAUGACAGGGUCCUCUGUUCUGGUGAUAUAUUGCUAUUGCUGCUAAUUCCCUGAGCUGUGAAGAUUCCCCAACCAACUCAGCUGCAAAAUAUGCAAUUCUGUGGUGGGAAGAGGCUGUUUGUCCAAGGAUGGUGCUGAAAUCACUGCCUUAAGGUCUCUGCUGUGCAGAAUGAAAAGGCCCCAGCACUGGGCGUUCCAAUUUAGAAGGAAGGGAGGACCACAUGGGCCUGUUUUGGACCUGGGCUGCUUCUGACCCCUGUCCUAAGCUCCAGUCCCAUGGCAAGGCUCAGACUUUAAUGCCAUCUUAGUCUGAUGGUUGAGCCCUUUAACUUUCUUUUCUGGUGCUGCCCAGCCAGUGCCUUCUGACAUGGGUGUUACUGGCUACUUGAGAAGAAGGAAAGUGGGGAACCCCUUCUUCGAUUCCAACUGCCUCAGACCGCGGAGAGAUCCUUAUCUCUCUGGUGACUAUGGAUAACACCGUGACUUGUAUUUGGGUCCUCAGCAGUGGAUUCUGGAGGCCUCUCAUGUGAUGACUUUUGGUUUCUAUUCCUGGAAUUUGCCACCCUCUGUUCUCACUUGACUGCUGCAUUUAGUCCCGGUCGCUAACUGCUUUCCUUCAGAAAGUACGUCUCCAUCCAGUGAAGUGGUCUUGAAGCCUCUGCCUUCCCUCUGGAACCUGGGACCCUGUUUACAGUUGCACAUCUGGGCCCCUCAGAGUGGGAUCAGCCAUCUCACAAAGGAAUCGUGGUUAUGGGCAACUGCGGAAGGUUGAGCCUCCUCAUGGUGCUAUAACCCCUUGGGACGCUCUCCAGACUUCUCAAAAACAGACAACCUGAGCUUGUCCUCACUGCCCUAGAAUUCAUGGCAAGGAGAAAAUCCACAGCAUUAUCUCCUACCUUCACACUUGCUUCUUGUUGAGACUACCAGAACCCCUCCGAAAAGAAAAACUGGUCCUAUAGCUAAAUUCUCAACCUCAGACACCUUUGGAAGAAUCCAGCCUAUCUAAUCCUGCAAUUUGUGCUACCAUUUCCCAUCCAGCCCCCUCCUCCCCACCCCAACUCCCCCCCCCCCUUACCAAAGUUGGCUAGCAAAGAACAAGGCUCAAUACCUAAAUCAAGCUUUGGGGAGCCCCAGCCCUGGAAGAGGUUCCUCCACGGAGUCCUCAUUUCUGGAUGAAGACCGUUAAGAUAUGCCCAAUGUAUUUGUUUCUCAGUCCCUGCCUAGGUACUAAAAUAAAAUACUAGGUAUUGGAGGCUA